AUGACACAUUCUUCAGUAAUUCUCUUCAUCCCCGCCGCCGCGCUCGCCGUCCACCGCCUCGCCAUCCUCCCCGCCGGCCCGCCCCCGGCGCCAGGCGUGCCGCUCGUCGGCCUGCUCGUCCUCCACGCGCUGGGCGCGCCGCCUCGGCACCGAGUGGGAGGCCAAGAACGUGUCCCGCCGCCGUGGCGGCGGCGGGCAGACCCGGCUCGGCUUCCUCGCGCUACGUGCUGCCCCGGGUCGCGGCGUGCCAUCUCCUCGUGGACGCAACUGAUGAUGGCGCCGCCGCCGGAGCUCGUCGCGGCGGACCAGCAGACGGCCUGGCGCCUGCGGACGCUGACCCCCCGAAGGACCUCGCGUUCCGCGCGGCCACCACCGCGCUCUUCUGGCUCGUCGCCUACUGCCUCAUCUACGUCAUCGUCCACGUGCCCGCCGCCCCUGUCCGUCGCCCUCGGCAUGAGCCGGCCCGAGUUCUGGCCGCACCUGUUCGGGCCCUUGUCCGAGCUCUACACCAUCCGCGCUCAUUCUGGCAUCAGCGCCUCCGCAGGACGCUCACCGCGUUCGCCGACGUCAUCGCCGACGACGUACACCCGGCUGUUUCUCGUCUUCGCGAUCAGCGGAGCGCUGCACCACCCGACAGACGUGGUGCAAGGCCUGCCGAGGGGGCUGACGGCGACGGUGGCCUUCUUCCUGAUGCAGCCGGUCGGCAUCGUGCUGGAGGACGCGGUGCAGGCGCUGACGCGGGGCUGGCCGCUGCCGCGGGCGGUCCGGAGCGUCGCCGGGUACGCGUGGGUGGUCUUCUUCCUCGUGUGCAAGACGCCGACGUGGACGUUCUCGGUGGCGAGGUUGGGCCAGACGCCCGAUCUGCUGCCGAUCCCGGUGGCGAGGCCGCUCGUGGCCAUGCUCACGGGAGAGUGA